CCUUUACCUAUCAAACUAGAAGAAUCACUUAGAGUUGAUUUGUGAUAGAGAAACAGUAUGGAUACCCAUUUAAUUGGUACUCUUAUUCUCUUAGCUUUGGCUACUCCCAUUGCCUUUGCCUAUGAUCCUAGCCCCCUGCAGGACACAUGUGUUGCAGUAAAUGACACAAAAUAUGGAGUGUUUGUGAAUGGAAAAUUCUGCAAGGACCCAAAGCUUGUCACAGCCAAAGAUUUCUCCUUUGAAGGGCUUGACAUCUGUGGGAACACCUCUAACAAACUUGGGGUGGCAGUAACUCUGGUGACUGUAAACGAGCUACCUGGACUCAACACACUAGGCAUAUCCAUGUUUCGCGUAGACUUUGCACCAUAUGGUCUUAGCCCUCCACACACACACCCUCGAGGCACUGAGAUACUUGUAGUCUUGGAGGGUACGUUAUCUGUUGGCUUUGUAACCUCCAACCCCGAUAAUCGGCUCAUCACCAAAGUUCUUAACAAGGGAGAUGUGUUUGUGUUCCCCAUAGGACUCAUUCAUUUCCAGUUCAACACAGGAAAAAGUAAUGCUGUUGCCAUUGGAGCUUUAAGUAGUCAGAACCCUAGUGUCAUCACCAUCGCAAACGCUGUCUUUGGAUCCAACCCUUCCAUCUCGGACUAUGUUCUUUCUAAAGCCUUCCAACUUGACAAGAAGGUGGUUGAUGAUCUUCAAGCUAAAUUCUGAAUGUGAACAACAAGAAUGAUAUAUAUUAUUAGAAAAAUAAAUUUAUGUAUUUAGUAUCCAUGGCAUAUCCGGUCCUUCCUGUAUAGGUAAGGGCCGAAUAUAUAGAAUAAAUAAGUUUUUAUGUGUUUCAGUCCAUCGACUGCAGGUUAAUAAAAUGAUUUGUUUGUAUUUUGGAACUGCUGAUUAAAAAUAAAAAGAUUUCUCUC